AUGUCUAGUCCAAACGAAAUUAACGAUUUUUUAACAAAUGCUGAUCAAAUGAGUCAUGGUGAGGUUAAGUCUCAUCAUGAUAUCUUAAGUAGAAAGUCAUCACAAAAAACAAAACAUACAGUUCAUCACAACGACGAUGCGUUUGAUUAUGAAACUCAAGAAUAUAGAGGUAAUUAUAAUAAUAAUAAUAUUCGUCCUACUACAUCAUAUAUUCCGCAAUACGCAUUAGAUGGAUCGUUUCCAAUUCAGGAAGUCGUCCCAAAUACACAAAUGGCAAUAGCUACAGGAUCUGACCCCAAAUUGUCUGGUGGUGCUAGUCUUAGACCUAGGGGUGCUACGACAGUUUCAGCAAAUAUUUUACACCUUGGUGAUGUUAAUUCGUUCCAUGCAGGUAUAAAUUCAAACAAAAGUAAUUUUGAUAAUGGCCCUGGUAGUCCACAACAAGGUAGGAGUAAUACAAAUUUUAGUAACAACAACAGUAAUAAUAAUUAUAAUAAUGGUAAUAAUUAUAACAAUGGUAAUAAUGGUAGCAAUAACAACAACAACAAUAAUAAUUAUAACAAUAAUACUUCUGGUGAUGAAAUACAGGGGGAUAUUAAUAAUGAAGAUGAUGAACCUAUGAAUGUACCUAUGAUGGUUAAGCCAAAGACGUUAUAUCAAAAUCCACAAACCCCAACAGUUUUACCUUCAACAUAUCAUCCUAUCAAUAAAUGGUCUUCGGUUAAGCAUUCGUUCUUAAAAGAAUUUUUGGCUGAAUUCAUUGGUACUUUAAUUAUGAUUCUAUUAGGUUGUGCCACUUGUUGCCAAGUUCGUCUUGGUGCAAAAAUUCAAGAAAAUGCAUUUGCUGCGGCCAUGGAUAACAUUGACAACAUUCCGGAACAAGAUGAAUCCGUGAAACAAAUGGUUGAAGCAUUACAAGAUAUCAUUACGAAUACUGCUUCAGGUACAUUCGACCAACUUCCAUUAGGUUGGGCUGCCGCAGUUGUCAUGGGCUAUUUUGUUGCUGGUGGUUCCGCAAUCUCAGGUGCACAUUUAAACCCUGCUAUAACAGUUGCUAAUUUUGUCUUUAGAGGUUUCCCUGCUAAAAAGGUUCCACUCUAUUUGGCAGGUCAAUUCAUUGGUGCUUUUGCAGGUGCCUUGAUCUGUUUCAUCCUUUAUAAGAAAGUUAUUGUUGAAGCAUUUGAUGAAUGGUGGCAUGCUGAAGCUAUGGGAGCCAUGUUUUACACUAAUCCAGCAUCUUAUCUAUCAAGUGCUCGUCAAUUUACAUCAGAAUUUAUUACUACCGCUGUAUUUCAGGCAUGUGUUUUUGCCUUAACAGAUCCAUAUACAUGUCUUUCUUCCGAAGUGUAUCCAUUAAUGUUAUUUAUUUUAAUCUACAUUCUAAACACAGCGAUGUCAUACCAAACAGCUUGCGCUAUUAACGCUGCGCGUGAUUUAGGUCCAAGAUUAGCAUUGUAUGCUGUUGGAUUUAAUAGAGGUUUAUUAUGGGAUAAAUAUGCUCAUUAUUUCUGGGUUCCAUUAGUUGCCCCAUUUGUUGGUUCUCUAUGUGGUGCUCUGAUAUAUGAUGUCUGUAUAUAUCAAGGUCACGAAUCUCCAGUUAACUGGCCAUUUGCUGUUUACAAAGACAUGUUAAUGAAGGCUUGGUUCAGAAGACCUGGAUGGAAGAGAAGAAAUAGAGGUAGAGCCACAUCUGAUUUAAGUGAUUUCUCUUUCGAUAAUGACGAAGAUAUAGAUGGUAACAUGAUCGAUAAGGCAUUAAGUUCUGAGGACGGGGUUGAUGGUGGAAUAUUGAAGCCAACAAAAUCCAGAGGUAAGACAAAUAUUAAAGGUACUUAUGGAACAGCUGAUGAAGAUGAUACUGAUGGACAUAGAACAGUGUCGUUUAAACCAAUGCAAAGAGGUAGAAGGGGUAUCAAUGGUAUUCCAACUAUCCUUGAAGAAGAAAACUCUAUAGAGACAACCUCGAUCGCUGGUGAUUCUGGAUCGGAUUCUAUAUUAUUUUCAUCAGAUACAUCCUCCUCUUUACCUAACUUUACAUCCACAGAUGAGAAGAGGGAUCAUUAA